CCGGAAAUGACGUGUGGCGGCCUCUUCUCUCCACUCGGCUACUGUUAGCUGGCUGCUAGACGGACAAACCCCGUCAAAAAAACAAACAUAUCUGGAUCCCGUGCUUUUAUUUUUGGCACUGGAGUGCGUUGGUCACCCGUCAUCAUGCCCAUGUACCAGGUAAAGCCCGUCAGUCCCGGUGACAUAAAGAUUGAUUUGCCGACGUGCAUGUACAAGUUACCGAAUGUCCACGCGCAGGGAAUGAACUGCAGCGAGCACGCGCUUCAGAACGGGGAGGUGGAUCCGGCUGUGAAGGCGCUGGAGGACCGUCAGGAUGAAGUCCUGAGGAGACUGUAUGAGCUCAAGGCGACGGUGGACGGGCUCACGAAGACCGUGACCACUCCUGAUGCGGACCUGGACGCCACCACACUCUCUCACGCACCCGUCGAGUCUGUGUUCAGAGGAACCGCUGAUCUAGACUCCCUACUGGGCAAGGACCUGGGCGCGCUGCGGGACAUCGUGAUCAACGCCCACCCGGCCCGUCCUCCUCUGUCGCUGCUGGUGCUUCACGGUCUGCUGUGCCGGCGGUACCAGGUGCUGUCCAGCGUGCACCUGCACUCCUCCGUGCCCGCCGUGCCCCCGCCGCUCAUGUCCUGCCUGGGCCCGCGACACACAGACAGCUACGCACGCCAGCGCUUUCAGCUCGGCUUCACUCUCAUAUGGAAAGAUGUGUCGAAGCUGCAGAUGAAGUUCAGCACACAGAACAUGUGCCCGAUCGAGGGCGAGGCCAACGUGGCGCGCUUCCUCUUCCGUCUUUUGGGCGCCGACCCCCAGGACCCGGUCUCCGCCACGCAGAUGGACAGCUGGAUCGACACGGCGGUGUUCCAGCUGGCCGAGGGGGGCAACAAGGAGCGGGCGGCCGUGCUGAGGUCACUAAACGGGGCUCUGGGACGCUCUCCGUGGCUUCUGGGCGAGGCGUUCUCCCUGGCCGACGUGGUGUGCGCCUGCUGCGUCCUGCAGACCGGCGAGGGCAGCUCGGCUCCUGCCAACGUACAGCGCUGGCUCAAGUCCUGCCAGAACCUGGGCCACUUCCACUGCGUGUAUCCGUUACUGCAGUGAGCGAAAGCUGUGAGAUCAAAACGAGGAACGCCACUGUCAAUCGUGUAAUGA